GUGGACCUGCCGGGAGUCUACAAUCCACUACCUCUGGAUUCGGAAGCUGAGCUCAGCCUCUAUGUGUUGUACCAGUUCCAGGAUGCAACGCACGAGGUCACGGUGGGCGACCGUCAGCCACUCUCUAUGCCAUUGAGGACACAUCUCGUAGCCAAGGGAACGCACCCGCGAGGGCCUUUCGCCUCAUCGAAUGCUGACCUUUUGAUGCACAGAAGGCAACGUGAUGCAAUCGCUCCGCGACUGCGGCUGCUGUCUCCAGAGGAGGCGCUACAGAAAGUUGUCCAGGCCCACUUGGUUUGGCGACUUCACGGACAACCCGGGGAUGUUUCCAAGCGUACCGCCUCGCGCUGUCCACAUGUGCUCUGGCUGCUGCAAUGA